CACCCCCUUCUCACUCCCUGUCCAGCGGGGAGGGAUGCAGACACAGGGGCUCCCCGUUUCUUCCUCUCGUUCCUGGCCCAGGAUCGAUUGGAUCUCCCCUUUCUUCUCUUUGUUCCCCUUUGCAGAUGUGGGGCCAGAUCGGGCGUGCGGGCCCUUGGGAGCCGCGUCCCAGCCGCGGCAGCUGCCAGCCGCGCACCGUUGGAGACGGAAAGCGACGCGGUAACUACACCCACACGCUCCGCGAGCUGGCCCAGAUGCUGCCUGUUCCGCUGCACUCCAGCUACAAAAAGCUUACCAAGAAGGAAAUCCUGUCGCGGGUCCUUCGCUACAUUGAGCACCUGCAGUCCAGCAUCGGCACGGCCAGGGCCCUGCUCCGGCGCGGGGAGAAAGAAGGGGAGGGGCCGCAGGUGGCCCGGGGGGAGAGGGAAUUGGGAGCGGGCGCCUCCAGGGAGCCAGGCACGCCGCACGGCACCCCGCGGCGGAGGAGAGCCCGGCUCCGGGCCGCCGGGAAGAAGCCCCGCAAAGGAAGGCGAUCCCACAGAGCAGAGCGGCGGGGGGUGAGCAAGGAGCCCCGUCGGAGCCUGAGUCUGGGGGACUCGCCCUGGCAGCGCACGGAGGCGGAUCGGCGUGCGGCAGGGGACGGGGACGCGCUUUGUCUUGGCGUGAAGCAGCUUCCGUCCCAGUUGGGCGGCAGGGACCCAGCUCUGGGGUCUCACCGGCCCCACGGCAGCGCCUUCCCGGACAGCGCCGAAGGCGGCGUUCCCAGCUGCGCGGCAGAUUGGUGCGUGGGGUGCGACCGAGAGGCAAGCCCGGAGGACGGUGACAUCUGCUGCACCUGCCAGGCAAGGCUCCUUUGCCGGGGGCAGCGUCGGUACGACGGGCCGGACCUCGCACGGCUGGGGUAAGAGCCGGUGGGGGUGCUUGACACACGGGUAGAGGAGGAGAGGGCCUGGGCUAGCAGCCACGCAGACUUGUGGCGCUGG